AUGGCUAAUGAAGUUUAUUUCACCAAAGCAUUAUCACGGGAGGUUUGUGAAAUAAAUGGGAUCUUCUACUGUGCAUUCAGAUGGUCACCAGAAUUCAAUGAGGAUGCCGAGCCAUCAAGAGUCCCAGUAUGGGUUUCUUUGCCAGGUCUUCCUCCAAACUUUUAUCAAGAAUCUUUCUUGAAGAUUUUGAUGGCACCGAUUGGAACUUUCAUUCGCCGUGAUAAUCCGACACGGUGCGCAACAAGAACGGAUGGUGCACGGCUCUGUGUGGAAGUGGAUGCUGCAAAACCGCCACUGUCUCAUUUCUGGAUUGGAGCACCUGGACUGUCUUCUAGCCGAAAGCAAGAAAUAUUUUAUGAAACGCUCCCGGCUUUCUGUUCAUCAUGUAAGAUGCAGGGUCAUAAUGCACGGACUUGUAAUCCUGGAAAAGCUGGUAAGAAAGGGGGAAGAAAAGGGAGUAGGAAAGGCCUCUCGGAUGAUCACGGGGUAGAGCAGAAUGAUGAUAAGGCUGAAACUCCUCCGCUGGUUCUUGUGGAAAAUAAUGCUGUGGGUGAACAGUCUAUGCAGAUGGACAAAGAAACAGAGGAGGUUGGGGUGGAGAAGGCGACAGAAGUAGCAGUUGCAGUUCAUGUGCAGUUGGAUGCCGAGAAGGAAGAAUUGCCAGUGCAGGUGGCAGACCAAAUGGUGCAGUUGGGCUCUGAGAAUGGUGAACAACCGGAGCAGAUGGGAGAAGCAAUUCCUCCUGUGAUUAAUAAGGUGGUGCAGUUGACACCUCUUGUUGAAACAGAGGAUGAAACAGAUUUAAUGUUACACGUUGGGGACGCAGUGUGA